AAGACAAGCGUUGGAUUGUCUUCACCAACCAAACCCAGCCAUUUCAUUCAAAUAUUUUCCAAGGGGGAAUCCGUUCCACGUUAAUCCCACCUGUGCCCGAAUAUAUUAAUUAAGGUUGCUGCGACGCAACUGUCUCCUACUUUCUCAGGCCUAAAAUAAUUUCAGGCAAAGGAGUCGUAAAUCUUCACGAAACAGCUUCUCAGAUUCGCAGGAACUUCAAGUCAAUCCCACGAGUUCGAUAAUCCUCUACAUGGAGGGCCACGAUGAUCGAGACGAUGCCUUUAUUUUUGGGGAUUUUAAGGUUGGUGUCUGAGGUUCUGUUGUUCGAAAAUGGGGGGAAAGGAGAAAAGGGGGGAUCCCAUAAGCCCUGUGAUUUUCAAAAUUGGGGUUGCUUUGGUGUUUUCCAUUAGCGGGUUUGUUUACACUUUUUUCCGAUACAAACAGGGGAUUAAGAGGCCCUCCAAACCCACCCCCCACCAAUCUUGUCCAGAAAAUUGCAGGCAUGGGGAUGAUGAUCGUGAUCAUGGCUUUGAGGCAAUGACACCGGCCAGUUGCGACGAGGACAGAGACGGUUCCAUCUUACAAGAAUUUAAUGACUUCCUGAAUGAAUGCAAUGCAUCGGAUCUUUCUCCGAGUAAGAACAGGCAAUCCAACGGAUACGACGAGGAUGCUGAAUUCGAGAAAGAGAUCAGGACCCUACGUAGCAAAGUGAAGUUUCUAGAAGAACGCGAGAGGGUGCUCGAGACUCAGCUGCUCGAAUAUUACGGUCUCAAGGAGCAGGAAACCGCCGUAGCAGAGCUGCAGAACCGUCUGAGAAUACAAAACAUGGAGACGAAGCUUUAUAGGGUCAAGAUCGAGUCGUUGCAGUCGGACAAGAGACGGCUAGAAUCCCAAGCUGCGGAUUAUGCAAAAGUGGUGGCUGAGCUGGAAGCUGCGAAGAAGAAGAUCAAUCUUUUGAGGACGAAGCUGACUUCCGAAGCCAAGGAGAAUCGCGAGCAGAUUUUAAAGCUUCAAGAACGAGUGAUGAAGCUGCAGAGCGACGAGAAGAAUGAUCCUAAGACCGAUCAAGAUGCCCGAAUGGAGCUGGAGAGAAGGAAGGAGCUCGAAGAGGAGUUGGAAGAGUUGAAGAAACAGAACCACAGUCUCAAGCUUGAGAAUAUCGAAUUGGCCGAGAAAUUGGAUUCGUUACAAAUUGUUACGAUGUCGUCCGGUUUAGACGACAGCGAGGUAGAAGCAAUGAAAGAGGAAAGGCAGAGGUUAGGACAAGAGAACGAUGAUUUAAGGAAGGAAAUCGAGCAGCUGCGAGAAGAUCGUUACGCGGACCUUGAGGAGCUCGUGUACCUCCGGUGGAUAAACGCUUGUUUGCGAUACGAGCUCCGGAAUUAUCAGCCGCGCCAGGGCGAGACUGUGGCUAGGGAUCUUAGCAGAACGUUGAGUCCCAAAUCGGAGGAGAAAGCCAAACAACUCAUACUCGAGUACGCCAACAGAGAGGGCUUUGGCGACAAUAAGUUUAUGAAUUUGAUCCAUUUCGACUGCGAUCAGUGGUCCACUUCUCAGUUCACGGACUCCGACGACCUCCCCUCGGCUGACCGGACGAACAAUUCGGGAAAAAGGCGAGUCUUUGCCAAGCUGAUGAAGCUGCUUCAAGGAAAGGACAACGAUGUUCGGACGCCGGCAUCGCCGUUGGAUGUUGGCAGCAAUACUGUAAGCAGGAGCAAUUCUUAUACGGGAUCUGACAGUUUGGUGAAGACAACGAGAACUCCUUCGGAGGCUUCUAGAAGAUCCUUUGAUUUCCAGAGAUCUCACUCACAAGGAUGUAAAGGUGCUGUUGGAGAAAGUAGUAGCUUCUCGAGAAGAAUCAGCUACGAUGAUUCGAUAAGGAUUUUCCGGAGAAUUGAUUAUGAUGAUAGUUCUGAAAAUGCUGCGAAAACGGAGCUGGUGAAGUAUGCUGAGGCGCUGCAGAAUUCGCGCGGGAAGGUGAAGUCAUCUGUGCAUCGAAGAUCGGCUUCUUUGAGCUGCAUUUGAUGUAUUCUUUUUUUAUCGUUUUUACAGGCUUUGAUACCUAAUUAGUACAUUAGUGUUGGCUAUAGGUAGAUACUGUAGAAAAACAAACACAGAUGUAAAAAAGUUAUGCAGAUUUUGUAAUCGAAAGGGAAGGAGAUUUACCGGAAUUGGUGUUUCAGAAUUUCUGUAAUCUUCUGAUAAUGAUUCAUCCACCGCGAUGAAGAAGAAAUUAAUGAGGUAUGAGGAGAGUGGUUGUCAUGGUGUAGCG